UUUCCAUCAUGGUUUUGAUGGCGGAAUGAUGACGGAUCAUACAUUUUGCCUGUCACAAAAGGGGCUCGAUGUUCUCACGCAAUGAUAUCAUAACGUCAUUGACGUAGACGGCGAUGAUAAAUAAUGAAUUUGCUCGCUUAUCACGUGGAGGCAGUGACUGAAUAAUUUAACCCCUUCGUUACUACAAGAGCGUACGUCCCUUUUUGUAGCAUCAGUGAAGUAUCCCUCCCUACGACGACCUUAAUCCCUGCAAUGAUUUUUUAUUUAUUUUUUUUGCAUUCAGUGCUGCGUUAAGUUAUGAUAAAUCAUUGCUAAUGUUAUGAUGAGAAUUAUAUGAUACGCAAACGGAAAUGCAUCCUACUUGUGAUCCACCUGGCUUUGGACUACGCCACCGUGUCGCGCUGCUGUAAGCCGCAGCACCGCACAUCAGCGUCGGCACAGCUGGACAGCGGCAGCCUGGAAGCGUUGCUUCACCUUCUCCUUCACUGAUAAUGUGGAAAUAUCUGGCAAUGAUGCUCCUCUGAAGGACAGUGAACAUCUCAGCUGCUUUCUUUGUGACCCCCCUAUACUACAAAACCAAAAUCCCAAAUCUUUUUCGGUCCCUCCAUUCUCCUCAGAGUAUCAGCCCCAUUUCUUACAGGCCUUUGAUCCAUAACCAGGCUCUAAGAUGAGUAGGCUCUUCGCCAAACUGGACCCACGGCGGAUUCAGUGGGGGGCCACCUGGUUUACCUUCCAAUCCCGUGUCCUGCGCACGAAGCCGGUGGAGUCCAUGCUGGAGAGCACGGGAGGCACUGGGGCUCACGGCACUAAACUCGCCCGCGUUCUCUCCACCGUGGACCUCGUGUCUCUGGGAGUGGGAAGCUGUGUCGGCACUGGCAUGUAUGUGGUGUCUGGACUGGUGGCUAAGGAAAUGGCAGGUCCUGGGGUCAUUGUGUCUUUCAUCAUCGCUGCUGUGGCCUCCAUCCUGUCAGGGGUGUGCUAUGCUGAAUUUGGUGUGCGAGUGCCUAAAACCACAGGAUCAGCCUAUACUUACAGCUAUGUGACAGUAGGAGAAUUUGUGGCUUUUUUUAUUGGAUGGAACCUGAUUUUGGAGUAUCUGAUUGGUACAGCAGCAGGAGCCAGUGCACUCAGCAGCAUGUUCGACUCCCUGGCCAAUCACAGCAUCAGCGGCUUCAUGAUCAACCACCUAGGAACGCUCAACGGUUUGGGUAAAGGGGAGCAGGCGUAUCCGGACAUCCUGGCCCUGGUCAUAGUCAGCCUGGUCACAGUGAUCGUUGCUCUGGGUGUGAAGAAUUCCGUCGGGUUCAACAACGUGCUGAAUGUCAUCAAUCUGGUGGUGUGGGUAUUCAUAAUGAUUGCAGGACUGUUCUUCGUCAGUGGGAGCAACUGGGAUGAGGGACGAUUCCUGCCUUAUGGCUGGUCAGGGGUCAUGCAGGGUGCAGCCACUUGCUUCUAUGCUUUUAUUGGGUUUGACAUUAUAGCCACCACCGGAGAGGAAGCCAAGAGUCCCAACACAUCCAUCCCCUAUGCCAUCACUGCCUCUCUGGUCACCUGUCUCACUGCCUAUGUCUCUGUGAGUGUGAUCCUCACCCUGAUGGUCCCCUACACUGAAAUUGACACAGAUGCUCCGCUGAUGGAAAUGUUUUCUCUGCAUGGCUUCCAAACUGCCAAAUACAUAGUGGCCAUCGGCUCCAUUGCAGGACUGACAGUUAGUUUGUUGGGCUCUCUCUUCCCAAUGCCGAGAGUCAUCUAUGCCAUGGCCGGAGAUGGUUUGCUCUUCAGGUUCCUGGCCCAUGUGAACACAUACACAGAGACUCCUGCAGUGGCCUGUGUGGUGUCGGGCUUCCUCUCUGCUCUCUUGGCUUUGCUCGUCAGUCUGAGGGACCUGAUUGAGAUGAUGUCCAUUGGCACUCUGCUAGCCUACACGCUAGUAUCCGUGUGUGUGCUGCUGCUACGUUACCAGCCCGAGGGAGACAUUCACGGAUUCGUCAACUUCCUCUCCGAGCAGAACGCAAAGCGUAAGGAGGGAGUUCUAGCCGAGUGUGAGAAGGAAGCCUGUUCGCCAAUCAGCGAGGGCGAUGAUUUUGGAGGAGCUCCAACAAACGCCUGUGGAGCCAAGAACUUACCAUCUCUAGGAGACAAUGAGAUGCUGAUCGGUAAACCCGACAAGUCCACCUACACUGCCAGUCACCCCAACUACGGCACAGUGGACAUGUCCUCAGGCAUCGAGUCAGAUGAGACAGAUAGUGUGUAUCUGCUGAAGUUGAAGAAGUUGCUGGGGCCUCGCUAUUAUACCAUGCGCAUUCGGCUUGGCUUGCCGGGCAAGAUGGACCGACCCACCAUGGCCACUGGCCGCAUCGUCACCCGCUGCGUCAUUCUGCUCUUCAUCCUCAUCUUCUGCUUCUGCUCCCUCAUCAUCUUCGGCUCGGGUCAGAUCGCUGAUGGCCAGUGGUGGGCAGUGCUGCUGCUGGUACUGCUGCUUCUGGUCAUUAUGCUCUUGGUCUUCAUCAUCAUUCAGCAGCCGGAGAACCCCAAGCGCCUGCCCUACAUGGCUCCCUGCGUUCCCUUCGUCCCAGCCUCUGCCAUGCUGGUAAAUGUUUACCUCAUGCUCAAGCUGUCCACCAUCACAUGGAUCCGUUUUGGCGUAUGGUGCUUUGUGGGUAUUUUGAUCUACUUUGGCUACGGCAUGUGGAACAGCACCCUGGAGAUCACGGCACGUGAGGAGGAGGCUCAUGCUAGCACAUACCAGCGCUACGACAUUGGGGUGGAUGACAGCUUUGCAGUAGAUGAUGAUCUGCACCCUUCUGGAGACGGAGAGCCGUACCAAUCCUGGGACUCCCAUGGGGGCAAAGGUGGGCACCAGAAACAGCAACACCAGGAGCAGAGCGAGCCUCAACCUGACGGCCCGCAGAGGGUGGACAACCACAGGACCUCCUCUUCCUCCUCACACAGCAGGGCCAAAAGCAAAGCUGGCAAACCCAGUCCGGGCUUUGAGGCACUGGUAGUUGACGACGAUUUGGACGAUCCUUUGGAAUGAGAAUGUAAUCUGAAUGUACUCAUCUGCCAACAACUGCAGAACCCUUGGGCUAGGUUAUGUCUCUGCAAUGAGUUUUUAUUUGAUUCCUAUUCCUUCAUUUGCAGCCCCUUUUCACUGAUAGGAUAAUGAGAACA